AAGAGGAAGAGGUUUCGUCAUGGAAUCAAUAAAUGGCAAUGACAAAUUUAACCUGCCUGUACUGAUAGAAUGUGAUCAUAUUCCUAAUAAUAGGGACGAAAUACCGACUCCUGAAGUCACAAUGCAUCACCCUCAUUUAAAAGAACUCAGAGGUAGCAUUCCACCAAUAGAGGAAAAUUGACAAAUUCUUCUCUUAAUUGGCAGAGACCUUAUAGAGGCACACCACGUCCUGGAUCAGUGCCUAGGACCACCCAGAACUCCAUAUGCACAACAGUUGAAACUGGGUUGGGUAGUGAUAGGAGAAACUUGCAUUAACAAGCAGCAUGUGCCUCUUGAAUUAAAUGUCAAAAUAACCAACAUUUUACCUACAGGACAACCGUCAAUGUUUCAACCAUGUAAAUUCGACAUUCGGGAAAACUACACAGACCCCGUUAAGAAAGAUUUACAAUCGCCUCUCUUUGAAAAAACUAGGGACGAUGAUAAACCCGGAAUGUCAUUUGAAGACAAAAUGUUCAUUAAACAGAUGGACAACGAAUUUGUCAAGAGACUCGGAAGGAAGUUGGGUAGCACCGUUACCGUUCCGAGUGCCAAGACAGUCUUUGCCUAGCAACAGACCACAAGCUCUUCAUCGUGCUAAUAUGUUAGACGCAAGCCUGAAUAGAAACCUAGUAAAACGGGAACACUUCCUCACAUUUAUGAGUAAGAUCCUAGACAAUAAUCAUGCAGAGCUCGCUCCACCGUUGGACGAACAUGAAGAGUGCUGGUAUUUACCAUUGUUUGGUGUUUAUCACCCGAAGAAACCCGAUCAGAUUAGGGAUGUGUUUGAUUCAUCCGCCAAAUGUAACGGAGUUUCACUCAACAGCGUCCUGCUGACAGGUCCAGACUUGACCAAUGAUCUCUUGUGAGUACUGCUGCGUUUCAGGAAAGAAAUGGUCGCAGUAACGGCAGACGUUCAACACAUGUUUCACUGCUUUGUAGUAAGAAAAGACCACCGAAAUUAUCUGAGAUUUUUAUGGCAUAAAAACAACGACCUACAAGAGAACCUUGUCGAAUUCCGCAUGAGAGUUCAUGUUUUUGGAAAUAGUCCGUCACCUGCCGUUGCUACGCUUGGACUCAGAAAAGCAGCUCAGGCAUCAGAACAAGAGUUCGGCAGUCACGUGACUAGCUUUGUUACAAGAGACUUCUAUGUCGACGACGGUCUUACAUCAUGUCCUACAAAAGAGGAAGCUGUUAAGCUCAUGAAGGACACACAGCAAGCAUUGGCAAAGUAUGGAAACUUACGGCUUCACAAGUUCGCCUCUAAUUGUGCGGAAGUUAUGUCUGCGUUUCAUGCCAGUGAUUUGGCUUCAAAUCUGAAGGAUCUAGACUUAGAAUCCGACAGCAAACCCCUACAACGUAGUCCUGGGCUCAGCUGGGACGUAAACACUGACAACUUCUUAUUUCAAUUAUCAUCAGAAAACAAACCGAUCACUCGGAGAGGAAUUUUAUCAACGAUAAACAGUCUCUACGAUCCUCUGGGAUUUUUGGCUCCGGUGAUUAUACAAGGGAAACUCCUAUUAUGGAAAAUAGUAUCAGAAACCGUUGAUUGGGACCAACCUCUCUCUGAUGAGACAGCAGCUGAGUGGAAAUCUUGGAGAGAUACUCUAAUUGCUAUCGAAACAUUGCGCAUUCCACGUACCUACGUGCCGUAUCUCAGCAAAACCGCAACAAAGGAGUUACAUGUCUUCUCUGAUGCAUCAGAAAAAGCCAUAGCAGCUGUUGCAUAUCUACGCACGACCGACAGUAGUGGUGAACCAAACAGGUUUCAUUCUUGGGAAAGCCAAAGUUGCAACAACAAUUGGUCAUACUAUUCCACGACUUGAACUAUCAGCUGCUGUAUUAUCACCCAAACCGUCAUGGAUAAUUUAGAUUUACAUAUAGACACCGUAAAAUUCUACACAGACAGUAAAGUGGUUCUAGGUUACAUCAGUAACGAGACAAGAAGGUUCUUUAUCUACGUCGCCAAUAGUGUAGAGAAAAAAAGGAAAUUUAGCUCUCCAAGUCAAUGGAAUUAUGUACCAACUAACCGUAAUCCCGCAGACUCGGGAACAAGGUCCGUACCAGCCCAUGAAAUUCAUAGCAUCAGAACAGAAGAAUUCUGAGGACAUAUAUCAGCUUAUAGAUCCAGAAGAUGAUGGAGAAAUCCGUGCAACUGUGAAUGUUGCAAAAACAUUUGCCACACCUGAGCAUAAAGGUAUCAGAACUGAUAGAUUCAACCGAUUCUCCAACUGGACAUCACUUGUGCGAGCGAUAGCCUUUUUGGAACGUUUCUCCCGUUUACACGGGUCAAAACAGGCAUCAUCAGUGACUUCUUUGGAUAGUUUUUCGAAUGCCGAAAAUUUCAUCUUAACAUCUGCACAACAUGAAGUUUAUGGAGAUGAAAUAGAUUGUAUAAAACGUCAGGAACAAAUUAAUAAGCGGAGCCCGAUAGCUAACCUAAAUCCGUUUUUAAAAAGAAACCAUUGAUCGUCCCUGGACGCCAUCAUAUAGCGACGUUAUUAGUUCGACACUACCACGACAAGAUAAAACAUCAAGGUCGCCAUUUCACAGAUGGAGCGAUUCGAUCCGCAGGAUUCUGGAUCGUCGGAGCAAAACGCUUGAUCUCUUCUAUUAUUCACAAAUGUGUAACAUGCCGUAAACUCAGAGGAAAAACCGAGUAUCAAAUCAUGUCUGAUUUGCCAGAGGACCGUCUUGAACCGUCACCUCCGUUUACUAACGUUGGAAUAGACACCUUUGGACCCUAGACAAUUGUUUCACGUAAAACACGUGGUGGAUACGCCAACUCUAAACGUUGGGCAAUUUUAUUCACAUGUUUAGUGACAAGAGCUAUUCACAUCGAAUUAAUCGAAGAAAUGAGUUCUUCAGCCUUCAUAAACGCCGUCAGGAGAUUCGCCGCUAUAAGAGGCCAAGUUAAGAUUUUCCGAUCUGACCGUGGAACGAACUUUAUUGGCGCAAUCGACGAUUUAAAGAUUGACUCAAUCAACGUUGAAGAUGGACCCUUCAAGAACUUUCUGUAUAAUUCUGGUACAACUUGGAUCUUCAAUCCGCCGCAUUCGUCCCACAUGGGUGGAGCCUGGGAGAGGAUGGUUGGUAUUACCAGGAGAAUUCUUGAUUCUAUGCUUCUAAACGCAGCCGGAAGAAGCCUAACACAUGAUGUGCUCAACACACUAAUGGCAGAAGUUUCAGCAAUAGUGAACUCUAGACCUCUGGUACCGGUAUCAACAGAUCCAGAGAAUCCGUUAAUAUUAACUCCGGCUAUGUUAUUGACACAGAAAACCGACUACAUUUUCACUUCAGAUCAUCUUGGAGAAUUCGACAAACGAGAUCUCUGUCUUGCCGAAUGGAGGCGAGUACAGGCUCAUCGAAGGAGACGUCAUUCUUCUAAAGGAUAAAAACCUUUGCCGUACCCAAUGGCCCGUUGGAGUUAUAGUGAAUUCAUUUAAAAGUUCAGAUUACAGAACAUGUCCGAAAAGCAGAAGUGCGAGUAAUCGUUAAUGGAAAAGCCACAACCUACACACGUCCUAUCGUGGACAUGAUUCUUCUCGUAGAGAACAACCCUAUGUAAUUAUGUGUAUAUAUAUAUAUAUAUAUUGGAUUUAGAUAGGACAUUCACAUGUGUUAUAUUUUAUGGAAUAGUGAUAUCAGAUAGAUUUCAGACGGGGAGUAAUCUGUAUCACGUUAUCAAUUGUAUUUGCUACGGCAUCUAUUGGAUUGAAUUUUCAGACAUUCAUAUUUUCCGGAAAUGAUCUGGACUUAUCCGUAUGUUCACUACCGUUUACUUUCUCUUCCUCGCCUGUCUAUUACAAAUGGAUGCCACGACAAAACUGCUCCUGUGGAUAUUGUGACAAAUCACCGUCAAUUUACCAAACAAUACACACUCUGUAAAAACUCCUGUAUCCCUUCUGGUGGAAUUGUAAUCUACAAUCUUCACACACAAUUUGUUAUUCUUUAUAAUUUGCCGAGAUUGCGAUACAAUCACAUGGUUAUACUAGCUGAGUCAGGCUCAGCAUAACUAUCAAGCACCAUAUGCUGUUAUUUACAAGUAGAUGUUAUUAAAAUAAUUUAUUGUCUUUUUACUAAAUAUAUAUUGAUUUUAAAGACAUAUGUAAAACAAUUAGGUAAACACGUUUUAUCAUUUUUACAACAAUUUCAGUACUGAAAUAGGGCUUUAAUAUUACAGUACAGUAUAUGUUAU